AUGCCUCAUUCUAGACAUUACCAACCACUGCCCACAGGGGAGGUAGAGAAACCAGGACUGGCCGUUUACAAUUCCCAACCAACUACUACAGCCCGAACCCUUAUCGACAUUCUGGACGAUUCCAUCAAGGCCCAUCCCCAACACCUUGCCAUCGACAAUGGCCAGACACGCCUUACCUACCACCAGCUGCAAGAAGAGAUUACUACCCGUCUAGCAACCCUGCGCGCAUCUCAUAUCGGAGCGGGAGAUCAUGUGGGCAUCCGCAUGGCCUCUGGAACCGUCGACCUGUACGUGAGUAUCUUGGCUGUUCUCGCAGCGGGGGCAGCAUAUGUCCCUGUCGAUGCGGACGAUCCAGACGAGCGAGCCAAUACAGUCUGGGCCGAAGCGCGCGUGUGUGCUGUCUUGACAGACGGCCUACAAGUCCAACUAACCCCCCAGACCUCUCUGCCUGUAUCUCAACCCGAAAAACCUACCCCAGCCCACACAGCCUGGAUCAUCCAUACCUCCGGCUCAACGGGAAAACCAAAAGGCGUAGCCGUCACGCACGGCAGCGCCGCCGCAUUCGUCGACGCAGAGGCGUCGUUAUUUCUCCAAGACCGACCCAUUGGCCCAGGCGACCGCGUCCUAGCCGGCAUGUCCGUCGCGUUCGAUGCAUCCUGCGAAGAAAUGUGGCUGGCGUGGCGGAAUGGGGCAUGUCUCGUCCCGGCGCCGCGCGCGUUAGUCCAGGCAGGCGUGGACCUAGGCGUCUUUUUAGCUCGACAUUGUAUAUCGGUUGUCUCGACCGUUCCGACUCUGGCGGCGAUGUGGCCGGCGGAGGCUCUGAGGAGUGUCCGGCUGUUGAUACUGGGUGGGGAGGCUUGUUCUUCAGAGCUGGCUGGUCGUCUUGCGAGUGAAGGACGGGAUGUUUGGAAUACAUAUGGCCCGACGGAAGCGACGGUGGUUUCCUGUGCUGCGCCCCUGGUGGCGGGGGAGUUGGUUCGCAUUGGGCUUCCGUUGGCGGGCUGGCAGCUCGCUGUCAUAGGGGCCGACGGUGAACCUGUGGCCUGGGGAGAAACUGGAGAGCUGGUUAUCGCGGGCGCGGGCCUGGCUCGGUAUCUGGAUACUGAAAAGGACAGGGUCAAAUUCGCACCGCUGCCAUCUGUCGGCUGGCCGCGGGCGUAUCGGACUGGGGAUCUGGUUCGUGCGGAUCCGCAGGGACUGGUGUUUAUUGGCCGGGAUGACGAGCAGGUCAAGAUAGGAGGUCGACGGGUCGAGUUGGGUGAGAUUGACGCCGUCUUGAUGAUGCUUCCUGGCGUUAGUGCUGCUGCGAGCGCAAUCCGUCGAAGCGAGACGGGGACGCCGCUGCUUGUCGGGUACAUUGUUCGAGAUGCCGUUGCUGGCAAGGCUGAUCGCGAGAUUCUAAGAGACCGCUUGCCGGCGGCUUUGGUGCCGUUCUUGGCCAAUUCGAAGCAGCUGCCUUUGCGGGCUUCUGGCAAGGUGGAUCGUGCAGCGUUGCCGUGGCCGCCCCCAUCAGUCGAAACAGCAUUCGAAGGCAGCGCGGGCUGGUUGGCUGAGCAGUGGCGGAGAGUCCUCGGAGUAUCUAUCCAGGACGACAGCAAUUUCUUCGAUAUCGGGGGCACCAGUCUUGCUGCAGCACAGCUCGUUUCGCUGCUUCGCCAGCGCUGUCCCAGCUUUCCGGUCGUUGACAUCUACCACCACCCAACCUUGUUCGAAAUGGCGAAUCGAGUAGAUCAGCUCACAAGCACCCGCCAAAGCAUGCGUGUGGUGAAGCCAACGCCAAAACGGACUGGCUAUCUCCAGUUCGGGUUCCUCGUGGUGUUGCUCACGUUUGAGAGCUCCCGCUGGUUUGUCGUGAUGGGCCUCUUCAAGGAAUCGGCGGUCUUUUUCAUGGGCCCAUUUGGCUGGGCCGAGAGCCUUUCAAUUCCAAGCUGGGUGCUUUUCAUGUGCUGGGUGCUUUUUAUCACCAUGCCCGGCAGGGUGCUGACCACGGCGAUUGUUGCACGAGCUCUUGUUGCUGGUGUUCGCCCAGGCAAUUACCAUCGAGGAGGCUGGGUGCAUCUUCGCCUGUGGGCAGCUGAACGGUUUGUGAGCAUCAGUGGGAUUAACCCCAUCAUCGGUACGCAGUGGUGUCGCCGCUACGCCUGGCUGCUUGGCUGUCGCGUAGACCCGAGUGCACAGCUCCAUGCCUUACCGCCAGUCACCGGCCUUGCGAGCUAUGGCGCGUCUUGCGUCGUCGAACCCGAGGCAGAUCUCGCCGGGCAUUGGGUGGACGGGGAUGUUCUACGGAUUGGGACCAUUGAGAUAUCCACCGGCGCUCGAGUGAGUGCCCGGGCCUCAUUGCUGCCGGGAACUAUCCUCGAGCCAUUUGCUGAAGUGCAGCCGGGGGUCUGCGUCGAAGGGACUGUCAAAGGUGGCUUUGGUCAUGAUGAACAGUACACUGCGGAGCGAGACGGCGCCUGGGCAAAGCUGCGCUACACAUUGACUCUACUGCUUCUCGAAGUCUUGCCGGCCAUAGCUGCCGUGCCUGCAGUGGUACUCUGCACGUAUAUCUUGUGGAACAGAGCCUCGGAAGGUUUUAUCCUCAAUGCAGUAGUACUGGCGGUACCUGUCACCGUGAUGAGCGUCGUUUCCUAUGCAGCUUUAGUAGCAGGCGUGAUUCGACUCGUGGCGAGGUACAUGAGACCAGGCAUCUUCUCCAGCCACGGUGUACACGCCUGGGCUGCGUGGUUGACACACCGGCUGAUGAGCGAUGCCCGGACUGGCCUCUUUGCAUUCUACGCCAGCCUAUUGACGCCGACAUGGCUUCGCAUACUAGGCGCGCGCGUUGGGCGUGGUGUCGAAGCGUCAACUAUAGUAGCAGCACCGUCACUCCUCCAUGCAGGUGAUGGGUCGUUCUUGGCAGACGAUGUGCUGCUGGCGCCAUUCGAGAUCAGAGGGAGUAAGCUUGCACUGGGUGUCUCGUCGAUAGGACAGCGGGCGUUCGUUGGCAACUCUGGCAUUGUCGGGCCAGACCACUCGACUCCAGACGAGUCACUGGUUGGCGUCUUGGGCAGUGCCCCGGUUCCAUCGCAAAUGCCUGCUGGUUCAUCCUGGCUCGGACGACCGACCAUCUCCAUUCCUCGUCGUCUUGACGAGCUCCCCGAUGAGAGACUGUCUUUUGAUCCGCCCUUGAGACUGAAGAUCGCGAGAGGCGCAGUCGAGUCGAUGCGGGUUGUCCCGCUGGUUAUCUCGGCGCUCUUAAUAGAACUCCUUGUGGCAGCCAUGAUCGCAGUCUUGGACGACUGGGGCUUGACCAUUGCGAUCAUUUCCGGGGGAGUGUUGCUAUUUACAGCAGGAGUCGCGUCGUGCCUUAUAGCAACAGCUGCCAAAUGGACUCUGAUACCCAAUGUCGCAGCAGGCCAUCAGCACCCGCUAUGGAGUUCCUUCGUCUGGCGAAACGAGCUGGCUCUGACCUUUGUUGAAUCUCUGGCCCUGCCAUGGAUGCUUCGCCUGUUAUACGGCACCCCUCUGCUGAACAUCUGGCUGCGCACGAUGGGAACUGCGGUUGGUAGAGGAGUCUGGUGCGAGACACAUCGUUUCCCCGAGGCCGAGCUCGUGAGCUUGGGAGACGGGGUCUCGAUCAACCGUCAAUGCGUGCUGCAGACCCAUCUGUUCCAUGACCGGCUGAUGCGGCUGGAUCGGGUGACGUUGAAAGAUGGAGCUACCUUGGGCCCUGCUGCGAUCCCACUGCCCGCGACGGUCGUUGGAUCAGGAGCAACAGUUGGCCCGCUGUCUCUGGCCAUGCGGGGAGAGCAAGUUCCUGACGGUACCCGUUGGCUUGGAAACCCAAUUGGGCCAUGGAGGGUCUCAGAUUAG